ACAGAACUAACACCAAAUUUUGUAUGUUGGUGAUCCGCUUCAUUGGUGCGAACUAAAAUAUCCUCUUGACUUCCUUUCAUUAUAGAGUUUUAGUUGCGAAAAUUCGUUGGUGCUCUUGUCCCAUUUCAAAGGCGAGAGGAUAUUUUUCUAAUGUUUUGAGUUCAUAUUUCUAGAGGUCGCACUUGGUGCGAUGGCAAGUGCCUUCGUCCAUGAGCGGUAGGUCUCGGGUUCGAGACUUGGGAGCAGCCUCUCCAUAAAUGGGGGUAAGGCUAGCCGACAUUCACCUCUCCCAGACCCUGCGUAAAGCGGGAGCCUUGUGCACUGGGUACGACCUUUUGAGUUCAUAUUUCUCUGAAUUGUAACGAUAUCAAAGACUUAUUGUGAAUGCAUUUAUUUUCUUCUACUAGAUUUUGGCUUAUAGUCUUUUAGUAGAGUAAUACAUGUGAUUUAGUACUACUAGGCGUAUGGGUGGACUACCAGGUUGAGUUUUGCGAUGCACACUUGAAGGAAGCGAAAGUGCAACAAUUUUUUUUUGGCAAUUGGCUGGAAUGAUCUACAUUUGGUUCUAGAAAUAAUAAAGUUUUAAUAAUGACGACAUAUUUAUCAUAUAUCGACAACAUAACGAUACCUGAUCAUUUCUCUAUCCAAAUGUCAAAAAAAAAAAAAAAAAAAAAAUAUUAAGAAAACCUAGGCUACGCAUGAUAGCCUUGUACAUAGCUCUAUCUCCUUUAAUAUUACUAACUUGAGUGUCAUAGUGUCUUUAGCUAGCAUCAUACUGGUGCCCACCAUCUCGAGAUUUGCUCACCCUGUAUGUUAUGUUAGUAAUUCGAAAAAUGGGAACGUGCUCAAACACAUUUUUCCAAUCAUUAAGUCAUGAAAAAUGAAACACAACGAUCUUAUAGUCGUUGAACAAAUUUAUCAAGUAUUUCUGAUCAUAUUAUCUUAUUAGAUCAAACCGUCAAAAUAAUAAUUAUAUUAAAUACAUAUAAAUGUUAUAAUCAGUCCUUAUUUUACUAAAUUUGAUUAAAAUAUCAUUAACUUAACUAUCUUAACUAUUUAAAGCUCGUACGAAACAAUAAUAAAACCACUAUUCUAAUUUUUAAGUCUCCAACAUUCUAAUCAUUUCAAGCACCAAAUAUAAACACUGAAAUUAGUGGGAAUUAAAAAUAUUCUCAUUCAUUACAACAAGUAAAGUAUAGAAGGCUUAAUUAAUGGUAACGUAAAAACUGUAACCAACCACUCACUCUUCAGAGUGUAGAAACUAGCUGAGCUGAUGCGCGAAAUGUUCCUCACUCGAAUCAUAAUCCGAGAUUUUGCUUAAAAUCUUCACUCUGGGACCUCCUCAUCUCACUAAAUUCUCAAAUUUUCAUAUGGGUUUUCUUGUUCGUCUGGAUUCUGAUGCAGUAAUUUCAAUUUUUUUCAAUGUUCAAGCACAUGCGUCUCAUUUCUUCACUGACACUCACAAAUUUCUUCUGAUACAGCAUCCGGGUUUUUCGUAAAUUUCAGCUCCAACCAUUUCCCUAUCAUAAUUUUCUUCUGAGUUCUUGGCGUUUCAUCAAACAGUUGGAGUGCAACUUGGUCUAGUUGCAUACCAACAUGGGUACUCCAUUACCUACUCCCCAAUUUUUUGCUCAAUAUCUUGAAUCCGGUGACAGCAGGCGUCAGAGGAAACAUCAAAUCCCUACUGAGGAGAAAGAAAUCAAAGCUCAAUCUGACAUCAACUCCCAAGCUUUCAAGAAACCCAGAACUUCAGAAACCGUAUCGAACUCGAAUGCGGCCUCAGGACAGAACAAAAUGUUGCCUAGCUAUUACAAGACCCAACUGUGCCGUAAAUUCCAAAUGGGUUGUUGCUCUUCUGGGCAGAGAUGUUCCUUUGCUCAUGGCACCAGUGAUCUCCGCAGGACUUUGCGUGAUGCGCAAGGAAUGGAAACUGAGAAGGGAAACUUGGCCAGGAGGACUUGGAAUGGUGAUCAUGGAAGUUCUAAUGGAGUGAGAAUAUGCAGGUCGUUCUUUAGAUGGGGAACAUGCAGUUACGGAGACAAAUGCCGCUUUCGUCAUGUCAAUCCUGAAAAUAUCAGAGAUAGUUCGUUCAUAAGCAUUUCAACUGCUGGUGGUUCUGCUCAAUUUGACUGCAAGAAGUCUCUGGAACAAAGGAAGCUUUGUGGCUAUACUACACCAGAAUGUGGAAGUGUGCAGGCUAACAGUUUAACGGCUUAUACGAGGGGCAACAAUGCAUCAAAUCAUAGGAUGGGGAUUGCGAUUGCUUAUAAACAAGGUCAAAGUACGCAGUGCAACUUAGAGUGGAACGAACUUGAGAAAUUGAGUCGCAUCUAUGCUGAUUGGAUUGAAGAUAUGCCUCUUCUACAUGGCUCAUCAAGCAAAGUGGAGUGCUACUCGAGUUUAGUAUGACAUGUGUAAGGGAAUAGAUUAGUUAUCUAUAGAUACAAGAAGCUUCUUGUAAUUUCCUCUAACACCUUCCUUUUGUUAAGUGAGUGUGGGAUUGACUUCGAUUGCGACCUGUAGUCUAGUAAGAGGAGAUGCUUCAUACCCAAGAGCCUACAACGCCAGAUUUUAAAUAUCUUGAUUUUCCGUAUCUCUAUUGUGUAGGGAUUUUAGCCGUUAUCUUCCAAAUUUUAUGCACAUUGUUAUUGUAAAGACAUAUUUUCAGUUUACAAGAUACGGUGUGGCACUCACAUGAAUGUAACUAGCAAAAAUUAGUUUGGCUAGUGUGAACUAUGUCAAAUCUUAUUUUCAAGUGCAGAUAACCUCAGAAAAUUCUCCUUUGGCUAUUUGUGUUCUUGGUUCUCACACAUGUGCGUCUGUUUGCAUGCAUGAAUUUGCAAUC